AUGCUGGGAUACGUCGCCCUCGCCAUGGGUAUUGGAAAAGAAGAGAAACCCUCGGAAUCCAUGAAAAGCCCAUUGAAGUCGCCAUCUGCUUCAACCGAGUCAGCGGAGGAAGUCGCAGAGCGCGAAGAUACUAGACUAUGGCAUGCCAACGAUCGCAAGUAUCUGUCGCUACAAGACAUCUUCAUUAGAUUCAACGAGCUCUUGCUUCGGGUCUCCAAGUCCGAUGUUAGCUUGACCAGUGAGUAA